AUGAGCAAUAUAACUAAACCAAAUGAGAGAGAAGAUAUGGAGGAGCAAGCACUUGAAGCUGAUAAAUGCUUCAAGAGCUUAGAAAAGAAGGUCAAACAGCUAGUGCAGUUCAUACUGGAGAAAAAGAACCUCCACGCUGAAUUAAAGACCAUGGCCAGAAGGGCAAACAGUACUAUUGAUGAGUACGCAAAGCUACGGUCUGCAGGUGGUACGAAGGAAAAUGCCGACAAAACGGCAAAAGAUAAAGAGACGCAACCGUCCCCCGAACCAGAGAAAAAGCGAAAAAAGCGGGACCCAAAUUCGCCAAUAGAGUCGCCAGUGGUCAAAAAGCCGAGGAAAGGGAAGAAGACACCGGCCGACGAAGCAGAAACAACCGAGCAAGAAAUAAGGGCGUCGAAACCCGGAACAGAAGAGUGGGCAGAAGCCAAAAGAAGAGCCACAAAAAAGAAGAAGAAUAUGGAACAGCAUAAUGACGAUAGAAGAAGAGGAAAAAUCACGGAGUCAGAACACCGAAAGACCAGUCGAAGAAAACCUCGCCCAGAAGCCAUUAAGAUCAAGGCACUGGACGGGACGUCGUAUGCCGACAUUCUGAGAAAGGUCAAGGCAGCACCAAACAUGAAGGAGAUAGGAGAACGAGUUAUGCGAAUACGGCGCACCAGAGCAGGAGAGUUACUCCUUGAACUGGAGAAACCAGGGACGGCGUCUCCAAAUAUCGAAGAGACAGUUCUGGCUAUCCUACAGAAGUCUGCAGAAGUCCAGCUGAUGACCGAUAAGGAAACCCUCAGGAUCAAAGACAUGGAUGAGACAACCACACCUGAGGAAGUGAUAGAAGCUGUAGCUGCAGUUAUCGGACCAGAGGCAGCUGCGAGUAGCAGCAUAAAAAUCAGAGGACUGUACAACGGCACACAAGCGGCACAUAUCCAGCUCCCGGUAGCAGCGGCCAGAAAGCUACUUGAAAACGGGAAGCUGAGAAUAGGAUGGGUGAAUUGUAGAGUUCAGCCUUUCACACCGACACAAAGAUGCUACCGGUGCCUGGAGAAUGGUCACAUAGCAAAGGACUGCAAAAGCGAUGAAGACCGCUCCAAGCAGUGUUUCAGGUGCAGAAAGGAGGGGCAUAAGGCAGCAGACUCGGCUCAAGACCUGCUGCACCAGUUGGUAAGGGAGGAAAGGGCCGACAUCGUCAUAGUUAGCGAAAAGUACCGUGAUCUCGAUGAGCCGAACUGGGUGAAAGAUGCGACUGGUAGGGCGGCUGUCUGGGUAUGCGGACACCUACACGUAUCGGCAAGAAUGAUCGAUCCAACCUCAAACUUUACGUGGAUAGAAGUGGCUGGCAUGCGUAUAUAUAGUUGCUAUCUCCCACCUAGCGAAGAGAUAAGCGAGUUUAAGAAAUCCUUGGAUGACAUUGUUACCAGCGCAAUGACAUCACGCCUACCGGUAGUCAUCGCAGGCGAUUUUAAUGCAUGGGCCGUAAACUGGGGAAGCGCGAGAACAAAUGCUCGCGGGCAUGCACUUCUAGAGGCGUUUGGAGUAUUGGAGCUCGAGAUAGCCAAUAGAGGAACGAUCCCGACCUAUUCCAAGGCGGGGAAAUCGUCCAUAGUGGAUGUUACCUUCAUAGAUGCCAAACUAUUGACAGAGGAGCUCAACUGGAGAGUCAGCGAUCGGUACACGGGCAGUGACCAUCAAGCCAUAACGUACCGGCUCCAGUUGACCAAACCAUCGGUAUCCAUCAGGACAACGGAAAACAAGAGGAGAUGGGCACCAAAUACCUUCGACAGAGAGUCAUUUCUCUACUCCCUCGAAGGAACAUCAGUGUCCGGAACCGCGGAGGAAAAGCGCAGGGUCUCACACGUGCUCUGA